GUCACUCCUGCAACUCACCGAGCAUCACUUGAGCUACUCCAGUGUACCAGAGCUAGCUAUAACAGGUAACUGCAGCAAUGGCGAAAUGUUGCACCUUAGCGCUACUGGGCGCACUGGUGGUGCUCUCACUUCUCGUGAGCCCCAUUGCCUGCUCCCGCAAGCUCACCAAGCCGAAGACGAGGUCGGCGGUCAGCCACAACCCUGCUGUCAAGGCCCACAGCAGCUACAAUGGCACUAGCCCGUCGGCCGCCUACGGCUCCGGCGGCUGGUUAGCCGGCGGCGCGACGUACUACGGCGCCCCAAACGGCGACGGAAGUGACGGUGGCGCGUGCGGCUACCAGAGCGCCGUCGGGAGCCGGCCGUUCUCGUCGAUGAUCUCCGCCGCUGGCCCGUCGCUGUACAAGGAAGGCAAGGGCUGCGGCGCAUGCUAUGAGGUUAAAUGCGAUAGCGCGAGCAACUCGGCGUGCUCCGGCCAGCCGGCGACCGUGGUCAUCACCGACUCUUGCCCCGGCGGCGCCUGCCUCGUGGAGGCGGCCCACUUCGACAUGAGCGGCACCUCCAUGGGCGCCAUGGCGAAGCCUGGCAUGGCCGACAAGCUCCGUGCCGGCGGUAUCCUCAAGAUCCAGUACAAGAGGGUGCCAUGCAAGUACCCUGGCGUGAGCAUCGCCUUCAGGGUGGACCAGGGCUCCAACCCGUUCUACCUGGAGGUCCUGAUCGAGUUCGAGGACGACGACGGCGACCUCAGCGCCGUCGACCUGAUGGAGGCCAACUGCGGUACCUGGUCGCCCAUGGCGCAGAACUGGGGCGCGCUCUAUCGCCUCAACUCCAACACCGGCAAGCCGCUGCGCGGGCCCUUCUCGCUCAGGCUCACCUCCGACUCCGGCAGGAAGCUCGUCGUCAACAACGUCAUCCCGGCAAGCUGGGCGCCCGGAGCCACGUACCGCUCCCUGGUGAACUUCCCCUAAGUUACAGCUUCGUCAGUCCUUUUUUCACUGCACCGUGCUUAGCUAGUAAUUAAGCAAGCAGUGCAGAGUGUGGUAAUUAAUUUACGCGUCCGGGAGCGGCGAGAGGCGGUGUCAGAAGAGGAGGAGUAGGCCGUAAGAUUGUGCUAGCUCUUCCCUCCAUGGCCUCUAAGCACUCCCCUAGCGAUGCUUGUCGUCGAUUUCUCAGUAUUUCAUUUCUCCUCCUCUGUUUUCUUCUGGAGGAGAAGUUCAUAGUGCUCUAUUGCUGCUUUGUUGUUGAAGAGAAGCUUGUAAGUGCAACUAUUGUUGCAUGCCGAUGUAUCAAGUUGUGUGUGAUUAAGUGAUUUUGAUAACUCA